AAAAUCUUUGCCCAAUAAUCUUUGCACCGUAGCGUAUACAAAGUGGAGACGAUGCUUUCUGUCAUGGACGCACGUGAUUGGAUUUUACCGGAAUUACCGUUCUACGGGCUUCCGGGAAGAUUUUCCGUCCGUCCGGGUCUGCGGACUCAAGGAGAGAACGGUUUGUACACAUGUCCAUAUCCGCCUCCCAAUGCAGAACCACAUGAAAUGAAUAAAGCACCACAGGCUGUAGCGGGACCCUCCUCUAACCCUCACCCUGCCCCCUCCCCUGGCUUGUCACAGCCCUCAUUCCCCCCUGGGCAGCCCGCUUCUGUAGUGUAUGCCAACCCACCACCUCCACAGAUGAACCCAACACCACAGCCCCGACAGUUUGCCCCUGGGCCCCGACAUAUCCACCAGCAGGGAAGCUUCAGGUCACUACAGCCCUACUACCCCAACAGGGGCAGCCUGUCUCCAGGGAGUGGGCCCCGAGGUGUUCCUCCCAGCAAUGCACCUCGCUCUGUGACGCCCACCCAUGUCUACCAGCCGGGUCCUGGCUCACAAAUGAUGAUGAUCUCUGGACAGCAGUUGCCUUUCACCAAUACACCCCAGGGACCUGCCUACUUCAUACCGGGACAGUACCGCCCAACUGCAUAUGUGACCACAGCCCAACAAUAUCCAGUCCCUCCAGGCACCCCAGGCUUCUACCCAGGCACCAACCCAGCUGAAUAUGCAGGGGCCUACUACCCCGCCCAGGCCCAGUUUCCCCCACCGGUGCAGGCUGGUCCCGUCAUUAUGAACCCAGUUCCUCAACAGCAGCAACCACCACCUCAGCCUCCUCAACACAUACCCACCAAACGAGAACGCAAACAGAUAAGAAUAAGAGACCCUAACCAAGGAGGUAGAGACAUAACAGAGGAGAUUAUGUCAGGGGGGCGCAGUGGCUCCACCCCAACUCCACCACAGACAGCCAUAUCUGGAUCAGAAACUGCAGUCGUGUUGCAGGCCAACGGUGAGAGCGUCACAGCUGCUGCUGCAUUAGCACUGGUUAGACCAGAUGUCAGAGGUAAAGGUACACCUCCACCUUUGUCAAAAACCCCUGACCACAUCACCACAGAGGCACCGUCCUCUGACACGAACACUAAUCUCCCUGCACCACCUCUUCCACUGGAAGCAGAGAGUAGUCCCUUAAACACGGCUUCCACUCUUGCACCCAGCGCUCCUAUGUCGGAUGCAAUGGAGGCACCUCCUCUUCCAAGAGAACCAACUCCUACGCCUCCAUCAGCACCUGAAGUGCCAGCGUAUCCCGCACCUCUGCCUGAUCCAGUACCUUCCUCAAUGGAGUCAACAGAUUCCAAAUUUGCAGAGGAGGAACAAGAAGACAUCGAGGAAGAAGAGGAGGAACAAGAAGACAUCGAGGAAGAAGAGGAGGAACAAGAAGACAUUGAGGAAGAAGAGGAGGAUGUAGAUUCAAAGCUUUGCAUUUCGGACACACCUUCUGCACCCAUCUCCACCACUAAUGGUGUUGGUGCAAAAGACCCCGAGGAGUUGUCAGUUGUUUUACCGCCCAGUCCUCUGGAAACUCCUCUGGAGGCUCCUCUGGAGGCUCCUCUGGAGUCCCCCAUUGCACAACCCGAGGAGCUCCGCCUUCCAAAUGGCCUGCCACUCCCUGCUCCUCAAGACCCAGAGGCCCCUGCCAUGGUUGAGACUGAACGUGACGACAGUCCCAUCGCUGAACCAGAACCUAGCCAUCAGCCUAUUAUCAAGGACUCCGUGGCCGUCACCCAGGCAGCCCCUCCACCUGUUGUCCAAACAACACCUGAGCUGGUUGACCAGCCAACUCCUCCACCUGCUGUUGAGGAGAUUCCUGUGGAACCAGUUCAGGCAGCUCCCACUCAGAACACGGAACAAAUAGAAGAAGAAGAAGCAGAAGCAGAAACAGAAGCAAUAGAAGACGAAGCAACAGAAAAGACUCCUGAUGUUGUGGCAGAUGUCAAGGAAGAUGCCCCAGUGCCACAGACCACGGCCGAUGAAGAGACACUUUCUUCUCCAGAGACUGUUACAACAACUGAAAGCACCCCAGAAACCGUGCCCACUCCUUCCCCUCUCACAGCAGAGGAGAAAGAAGACACCGCCCCUCCCCAGACCGUUGUCCCCUCCCUUGUAGAAACUACUAUGCAAGCUGCUCUGCCUAUGCCAAAGAAAAAGAGGAAAAUGAAGGAUUUGAACAAAAAGGAGGCAGUGGGCGACCUCCUGGAUGCCUUUAAAGAGGAACAGGUAGUGUCCCCACCAGAACCUGAACCCACCCCCAACCCUCCACCAGAACCAGAACCCAUCACUGCUUCUCUCCCUGCGCCGGAGGAGGCCGAUCUGUCCUGGGAGGACAAGGAGGACAAGCUGGAUGCUGAGAACAUUCCUCCAGAUUCUCCACAGACCAAUGGUGACAAGAAGUACCAGUACAAAGAGGAACAAUGGAAGCCAAUUAAUCCUGAAGAAAAGAAGAAAUACGACAGAGAAUUUCUUCUCGGCUUCCAGUUCAUCUCAGCCAGCAUGAAUAAGCCUGAGGGCCUACCAGCCAUCAGUGACGUCGUCCUGGACAAGGCCAAUAAGACGCCUCUUCGCCAACCUGACUCCAGCCGACUACCAGGAAUGAACUGUGGUCCUGAUUUCACGCCUUCUUUUGCCAAUCUUGGCAGGCCUGGCAUGGGUGGACUACUUAGAGGACCACCCCCAGGUUUGGGAAUGCAGGCCCCUGGCCCACGUCGCUCUCAGCAGAUGCAGAGGAAAGAGCCAAGGAAAAUCAUCACCAGUAUGUCGAUGAACGACGACGUGCAGCUCAACAAGGCUGAGAAGGCUUGGAAACCUUCUACGAAGAAAGUCAGUCAUACGCGCGCUGCAGAAGAGACGAAUGAGGAAUCUGACACCGAGCAGGCCAAGACCCAGGAACUCUUCAAACGUGUUCGCAGCAUCCUCAACAAAUUGACCCCGCAAAAGUUUCAAGAGCUGAUGAAGCAGGUGACUGAACUGACCAUUGACACGGAGGAGAGAUUGAAAGGUGUCAUCGACCUCACCUUUGAGAAGGCCAUCUCCGAGCCAAACUUCUCUGUGGCCUAUGCCAACAUGUGCCGCUGCCUUUUGGGGCUUAAAGUACAAACCCCAGAUAAACCAGGAAUGAACUUCCGUAAGUUGCUGCUAAACCGAUGCCAAAAGGAGUUUGAAAAAGACAAAGACGAUGACGAAAUCUUUGAGAAGAAACAAAAAGAGCUGGAGGCAGCCUCUGAGGAGGAGAAGCAACGUCUUGUUGAGGAGCUGGUAGAAACUAAAGACAAAGCCAGGAGGCGCUCGAUGGGCAACAUCAAGUUUAUCGGCGAGCUCUUUAAACUGAAAAUGCUCACAGAGGUCAUCAUGCAUGACUGUAUUGUAAAGCUGCUCAAAAACCACGAUGAUGAGUCCCUGGAGUGCCUGUGUAGACUGUUGUCCACCAUCGGCAAGGACCUGGACUUUGAGAAGGCCAAGCCUCGUAUGGACCAGUAUUUCAAUCAAAUGGACAAAAUAAUCAAAGAGAGGAAGACAACUUCUAGAAUUCGCUUCAUGCUGCAGGAUGUGCUGGACCUUCGACAACUAAACUGGGUACCACGGCGUGGAGACCAGGGCCCCAAGACCAUAGACCAGAUCCACAAAGAGGCUGAACUGGAGGAGCACAGGGAGCAGAUGAAAGUGCAGCAGGCUCUCAUCUCCAAAAAGGAGUAUGGCGGAGGCCCAGGGGGCAGGAUGGGCGGUGGAGGACCGGGCGGACGUGGUGGUCCUCACUCUCAAGGCCGUGGUGCUCCUCCUCAAAACGAUGGCUGGAGCACGGUGACAAUUUCCAAAAGCAGACCUAUCGAUAACUCCCGCCUUACAAAAAUUACAAAGGCUCCAGUACUUGACUUAAACAAUCAGUUGCUUGCCCCAGGAGGUAAAGGUUCAUGGGGCAGCUGGGGAAAAGGCAGCAGUGGUGGAACCAGUGCCAAACCUGCAGAUUCCAGCUCAGAGGUAGGCGGCCGUCCCGCCACCAGCACUCUCAACAGGUUCCAAGCCCUGCAGCAGCCUUUGUCUUCAGGCUCUUCAACAGACUCAGACAGACGAGUUCCUCAGAGAAACAGCUCCAGUCGAGAGCGCAGUGACCGAUUUGACCGCAGCGGUGACCGAUUCGACCGCAGAGAUGACCGGCGGGACGACCGCGACAGGAACAGGCUCCAGCUCACCAAGCGUAGCUUCAGCCGGGAGAACCAGGAGCGAAGCCGCGAGAGAGAAAAUCGUGGGUCAGCCGAUCCCGUCCGCCGAGUGGCCAGUAUGACAGAUGACAGAGACCGGAGCAAUAGAGACAGAGCCCAGAGCAAAGAGAAUGUGAAGCGGGAGACCUCUGCCACCCCCCCACCUCCACAGACUCCCAGCAAGCCAGCCAUGACCGAGGAAGAGGUGGAGAAGAAGACCAUAGCCAUUUUGGAGGAGUACCUCCAUAUCAACGACAUGUCGGAGGCGCUACAGUGCGUGCGAGAGAUAAACAGCACUCUGCUUUUCGUGUUCGUACGAAAUGGGGUGGAAUCGACAUUGGAGCGAAGCACCAUUGCCAGGGAGCACAUGGGGCUGCUGCUCCACCAGCUGGUGAAGACGAGCAUCCUCCCAAUACAGCAGUACUAUAAAGGGCUUCAUGAGAUCUUAGAAAUGGCUGAAGACAUGGCCAUAGACAUCCCCCUGAUCUGGCUCUACCUGGCUGAGCUGCUCACACCUAUGCUUCAUGAAGGUGGAAUUCCCAUGGGAGAGCUGUUCAGAGAGGUGUCAAAACCAUUGGUUCCUUUGGGAAAAGCUGGAGUCCUGUUGGUCCAGAUUCUCAAUUUACUCUGCAAAGGAAUGAGCCAUAAAAAGGCAGGAACUAUGUGGAGGGAUGCAGGUCUGAGGUGGAGUGACUUCCUGCCUGAAGAUGUAGACGUCAACAAGUUUGUGACAGAAAAGAAUGUUGAGUUUACACUGGGUGAAGAGUCAGAGAUGGGCAGAAAGGAGGAGCUGAGCUCAGCAGAGAUCACCCAACAACUGGAUAAACUGCUCCAGGACAAGGCCAGCAACCGGAGAAUCUUUGACUGGAUUGAGGCAAACCUGGAUGAGCAGCAGACCACGGGAAAUGUCUUCAUCCGAGCUCUAAUUACCUGCAUCUGCAAGUCAGCCAUUAUCCGUGAGAACCCGUACGAGUUGCAUGCUCACCAAAUAAGAAUUAGGGCUAAGGUGCUGCAGAAAUACCUGAAUGACGAGCAGAAGGAGCUGCAGGGUCUCUACGCCCUGCAGGCCUUGAUGGUUCAGCUGGAUCAACCUCCAUACCUGCUGCGCAUGUUCUUUGACGCCCUCUAUGAUGAGGACGUGGUCAAAGAGGAGGCCUUCUACAAGUGGGAGGUGUGCAAAGACCCAGCGGAGCAGCAGGGCAAGGGCGUGGCCCUCAAGUCUCUCACCACCUUCUUCACGUGGCUUCGUGAUGCAGAUGAUGAAUCAGACAACAGUUAGACGUCUCGGCCAUCAGAGGGUUUGAUGAGGUGUACUUUGGGAAGUGAAUGUUCUGUGGAUGAUUCGGAGGAAACUGAAUCAGAAAAGUCCUUCUGCACAAACAGAAAAAAAAUUCUUCACCUGGGAGAGAUUGUAUUAUGGAUCGAACAUUCGAUCACCUUAUUUUUUUUUUUUUUGUUAAUGUUUUGCAACCGUUCUGCAACCGAAUGUUUUUUUUUAACUAAAUAGAGAAAAUAGAUAUGAAAGAGAGGGUGCUGAGAAGUUCAACUUGUGGGAGACUACGCUGUUAUUUUCUUUUUUUUUUCUUUUUUUU